CACGCCCAGUUUAGGGAGUCUAGGAGUCUGUUUGAUGAAAUAUUCCUCAGUCGUCCAGAGGAAGAAGAGUAUCCACCACGGGAUGAUUUCAGUGAUGCAGAUCAGCUUAGAGUGGGCAAUGAUGGCAUCUUCAUGUUGGCCUUUUUCAUGGCGUUUAUUUUCAACUGGAUUGGAUUUUGUUUAUCCUUCUGUAUAACAAAUACCAUAGCUGGAAGGUAUGGUGCAAUCUGUGGAUUUGGUCUGUCCCUGAUCAAAUGGAUUCUCAUUGUACGGUUUUCAGAUUACUUUACUGGAUAUUUCAAUGGACAGUACUGGCUUUGGUGGAUAUUUCUUGUACUUGGACUCCUCCUGUUCUUUCGAGGCUUUGUUAAUUAUCUUAAAGUCAGAAAUAUGUCUGAAAGCAUGGCAGCUGCUCACAGAACAAGAUUUUUUUUCUUGUACUGAAGACUCCAUCGAACAGACAUUCCUUUCCUAUACCAGGGUGAAACUUCCAGAUGAUCUGUAACCCUCCGAGUCAAUAGGAUAGAAGACUACUAAAACCAGAAGACAAAUUAGUGAAGAUACAGCUUCAAAAAAGAAUGACAGGAUGGUUUAUGCUCAAUACCAGUUCUGGUCAUUCUAGUAAAUACUUGUAAUUGCUGCCUUUUCUUCUAGCACAUUUGCAUAUGUGCUUAUUAAAAAGAUAGUUUUGAAGUAAGAACAAACCAUCUGUUAGUAUAAAUUAGGUACAGUCAGACUCGGUUAAUCUGUGCUUGUUACAUCUGAAAGAUUUAAGUGGUAACUUGUUUCACAGUGUGUGUGUACCACUGACUUGUUGAUCUGAACUUUGAGUACAAUGAAAUGCAUUAAAUGAUUCAGAUUAACCAGUUCAGACAGUUUUUUUUUAUAUAAUUUAGAUCCAUCUAAUGAUUGUGUAGAACAUUUUUAAGUUUACUAAAGCCCAAAGUUCCUUGUCACAAACUUGCAUUCACCAAUAUUUUAUCAAACCAAUAUACUGGUUUGCUUAAAAAUGAUACUCCACUUUGAGUCCUCUGUAAAUAACUCUGC